UGACAGAUUCCCUCAGCUACUCUAAGGGGAAAAAAGAAAUUGCUGGGGUAGGGAUUGGGAGGAGGCAAGAGAGAAGACGAGAAAGAAUCUGGGAUACUGAUGACUUCUUUGUGAUCUCACUCUCCUUAUUCCAGCACAUGCUUCUCUCCAAAAAUUCAUGGGACCGCCUUGCCAGCCGGAGACUGCCCAGGUAGACGGAACCCCGAGUCCUAGGACAGCCUGGGAAAUGCUGGCUUCCUGCUAAUGGAUGAAAGUCCAGGACAGAAAACAAGAGGAAGGAUCUGCAAAUGGGACCCCUUGACGUUGUACUUCAGGGGUCUGCUGGCUGAGAAGUGGGCAACAAGAGGAAAGUCUUUCCCAGCAAAGGAGAUUGGUAUGCAAGAACCUGGGCCCUUUGGGACCUGUGAGCAACUCACUCGGCUGGAACACAUGGAAGGCAUGGCAAGGUACGAGAGAGUGAAAGAUAUCAGCAUGUUAAGCAUGGUGUCCAAAACAAUCAACCAACACAUAAUUAAUUAUAUCUCAACCUCAUCAGGAAGCAAAAGACUUUUACUACAGGACUUUCAUAACCUUGAGCUGCCUGGCAGGAGACAAGACUCAGUUAUACUGGAACACUACAGACUUCUAGGUUUACUAUUUAAAAGAUGUACAUUGCUGCUACCUACAAGGGAAAGACUAAAGUACAUUCACAAGAUAUUCGCAGAAGUUUCCUGUUUUAAAUUCAAUGGCUGUGCAGCUCCUAUGCAAUGUUUAGGAUUAUCAUGUUAUGGCAUGUUUUUACAGACCUUAACAGCAGGUUGGGAUGAACUUGAGUGCCAUCGUGUUUAUAACUUCUUAUGUGAAAUGACUAAUCUCUCCCGCAAGAUGCAGACCAUUGUCUUCAGCAAACCAGGAAGUGCCCGAAAACUGGAGUUAAGGACCAGACUGUUCUGUAGGAAUGUCCUGCUUGAUCACUGGACACAUCGAAGUGAUUCUGUUUUUUGGUUGACACGUAUAUUAAAACCAUGGCCAAUGGUGAAUCAGGCAAGAUUACUGUAUAUCAUCUUUGGACCGAUAUCUCCUCAAGAUGGACAGGUGAUUUGGCAGAAAAUGAUAGAAGAACCUACAGAUGAAUCCAGUCUGAGAGGUUUGGCUGAUGCCAUUAGAUUACUAUAUGACACAGGCACCAAAGAGUGGACAGCAGAUGAUGUUAUCAGUCUUGUAGAUGAACUAUCAGUGGUUCCCCGUGAGUGGCUUCUAGAGAAUAAUGCACGUCUCCUAAUUCUAAGUGGCAACAACAUCUGUUUCACUUUCAUGGCUAGUAAAGCUGUGAAUGGACGGGCUGCUGAACUGGCAAAGCUGAUAGUCUUUUUGGCUUUGGUGUGUGAGAAAGAACUAUACUGCAUGGAUUGGGCAGUUAAAAUGAUGCACAAAGUCUGUAAAGUCUUUAGUACUUCAGUGGAAAGAAGUAACUUUCUGCAGAAUGUGGCAAACGCAUUUGCAUGUGUUAUAAUGGAAAUGCUGCAGUCAAUUAUGUCUGGAGACCGUGAUGAAGAGGAGAGAAACUUUUUGAAUUUAUUCCAUCUGGUGCAUGCUCAGGCGAACUUCCAUAAAGAGGUCCUGUAUUUGACCAUGAAUUCUCUCUUUACUUAAAUACUCAGAAAGUCUUGCAUUUAGAGAAUACCUCACUAAACUAACAAUUAUAAGAGUGCUACUUUUCCUCAAAGAAUGGCAUCUGUGGAACUUUCUUUUACCUAACUAAUUCAAAAGCUACAUAGAAUUUUAGAAGUAGCUGCUUAAACCAUUAUUAAUAUAAAAAUGACAGGCAAAUCCAAGUAUGUAUUGAGAUUUCUCUGGAAAAUAAUCUGUACCUCUCCAGAUUUUGGUAAACCUAACACCAAACUAAACAGAACAUUAGUAUCCAAGAAUCUGGGAUCAGCCAACCUGUAUGUGUGGAUCUUUGAAGCAAGAGAAAUUUUUGUUUUAUGGUUAGAGCAGACCCAAAUUCAUUAAAUAGUAUGUAUCUGUUCACCUUGCUUAGGUUUUGUAGACAUAGCCCAGAAUGUUUUGUGAAGGUUUACAAUAUGAUGUUUUGGAAUGUACAGAUAUAAAUCACAUUUUUUACCACUUUCUCAGCUUAU